AUGGCGGGAUCGGGGGCGCCGGGCCUCGCCCGGGGGAAGGAAGGGGAGAAGCUGAGGAUGCUCCGCGGUCGGGUGCUGCUUAGCCGAUGGCGGCCUCUGGUGGCUGCCGCGCGGCCCUCCGCCGAGCCCCGCCGGCAAUUCCGCACCGGCACGUUCCGACAGCGCGGCCGUUUCCAAGAAUUUGAGAAGGAGAUGGUCAAGUUCCGCAAGAGGCUGAAAGAAGCCCUUCCUGGUAGUGAGUGGAACCCUCUGAAUAUUUCAAAAGAUCUUCCUCCAGAGCAGGCAGAUGUGGUCAUCAUUGGAGGUGGGGUAGUUGGCUGGUCCGUUGCUUUCUGGCUGAAGAUGAAAGAGCCAUGGAGAAAUGCGCUUCAAGUGGUUGUAGUGGAGCGGGACCUCCAGUACACCAAAGCUUCUACCGUGCUCUCCGUGGGAGGGAUACGGCAGCAGUUUACGAUGCCCGAAAAUAUCCAGAUGUCCCUGUUCUCGGCAGUCUUCUUGCGCUCAAUCAACGAUUAUCUUGGUGUUUUCAACCAGCCACCCAUAGAUAUCCAGUUCAAUCCAUCAGGCUAUCUCUUUCUGGCCUCAGAAGAAGGAGCUGCUAUGUUGGAAGAGAAUGUGAAAAUUCAAAGGACUGAAGGAGCUGAGGUGUCCCUGCUAUCACCAGCCCAACUGAAAAAGAAAUUUCCGUGGUUGAAUACGGAUGGCGUAGCUUUGGCUUCCUAUGGUCUUGAAAAUGAAGGAUGGUUUGACCCUUGGACUCUACUCAAUGCCUUGCGGCGCAAAGCAGUAUCAAUGGGCGUUUACCAGAGUCGUGGAGAAGUGACAUCUUUCAAUUCUUUUUCCAGAGAAAUGAUGACUGCUGAUGGGGAGGUCGUUAAGCUCUCCCGUAUCAAGCAUGUUAAUGUCCAAAUGCCUGACAGUACAGAGUACUCCUCGGUGAAGUGUUCCAUAGUGGUGAAUGCAGCAGGCGCCUGGUCAGGGAGAGUGGCGGAGCUGGCCGGUGUCGGGACUGGGUCACCACAAUCAUUAGCAGGGGUCAAGCUACCCGUGGAACCUAAGAAAAGGUAUGUCUAUGUCUGGCACUGCCCUGAUGGGCCUGGCUUGGAGACCCCCAUGUUAAUUGACACCACAGGCGCUUACUUCCGCAGGGAAGGGAUAGGUGGCAACUAUCUUGGAAGCUUAAGUCCCACGGAGGAGGAAGAGCCAGAUACCCAGGACCUUGAAGUAGACCAUGAUUUCUUCCAAGAGAAAGUCUGGCCUAAGCUGGCCCACAGGGUGCCUGCCUUUGAAUCCCUAAAGGUGAAGAGUUCUUGGGCUGGUUACUAUGAUUACAACACCUUUGAUCAGAACCCAGUUAUUGGCGCACACCCGCUAGUGGAGAACAUCUACUUUGCCUCUGGCUUCAGUGGUCACGGGCUGCAGCAUUCACUGGCUGUGGGCCAAGCUAUCGCUGAACUCAUCCUGGAGGGCGAGUACAAGACCAUCGACCUUAGGAGAUUUUCAUUCUACAGACUCGUCAAAGGCAACAAGAUUCUAGAGAGGAAUAUCGUCUAACAGUGACGGAAAGCUGGGAGCAGGCUCUUAUGGGGGAAGUGCCCUCCUUUCCAGCUGGAAGCUGACUACAUCUCUGAUUAACAGCAGUCAGCUGAAGCCCUGGAUUUAUUGGAUGCUGCCAGGGACCUGCUUUGGAUUCUGUUAAUACACAGACUGGAUCUUGGAUAAAGGAAGGGAAUGCCCAAUGGUUGGUAACAGCUCAUUUUCAUGGAGCCCUGGAUUUGCUUGAACGGAAAAAGAUUAGAAGAAUUUGGUGCUUAUCUUGCAAGACCAAAAAGAUUUUUUUUCCUUUAAAAGGGAAGAAACACAACUUGUUACCCUACUGUUCCUGAUGAUGAUUGGUUGGCUAUAAUAGACAGUUUUUCUAUUGUGCUACGCACUGUCCUUUGAGAUGUAAAAAUCAUUCCUUGGCUUUGAAUCAAGAGACUUCAUAGAACUGGAAACUGCUGAUCUUAGUUCCUGAUGAGGAUCCCCCCACCAAUUGAUAUUACAGUAUAAUCUGAAGCAUGUUUACUUGGAAACAAGUACCAUUGGGACAUGGAAAUAAGUGGCUAUAGUACUGUAGAUGUGGGCUUUUUUGGUCUUCGGGACAGAGAUAAAAUCAAGUCUUUAAAGCUCAUAACAGAUCAUCACUUAUUCCCCCUAAAGCAAGGGGGCAGUUCUUUCGGGGACCAGCCAAAAUAAUACAGCACAGUAUGCAAGCUUUUGAGUUCUCCAGAACUCUUCAUCAGAUUGGAUGCUAGUUAAAGGGAGGCGGGAGUCUGAUCUUAGUACUUCUGCCAGCACCUUAUGUUCUUUCAGUGAGUUUGAACAUUCUGUGGAGGAGAGGUGGUUGCAUAGGGCUGCAGUGGUUUCCAAAAACCUGUCUGAGCAGAGAGGAUGCUGUGAGUAUACCUAACAGGAAACAAAGCUCCUCUCAGACCCGUCUCCUAAUAUGUGGCAUUUGCUGAUUUUUUGGGAUGGAGAGGAUUUAUCAAAAAGGGUUGCAUGCAUUGAGAUGUGGAAUAAAUCGAUUGUUACCAAAAAGCACUGUUUAGGGUAGGAAAAAGAGGGAGUAUUCAUGUCUUCUAUAAACGUGCUGUGAUACCAAAAUGUAUCUGCACUACAUCCUUUUUAAUAAUCACAAGCAGCGCUUUUGUUGUUUGGUUCAUAGAAGGAAAUCAAAACAUUGGGUGAUUUUCUUUUGGCUUUCUGGCCUUUUGCAGUGUGUCUACUCCGAAGUCAGUCCCUAACCCAGUUUUGGAUUGAUAAUUGUAUUCAAAGCAUGUAGCGUAUAACUUCAUUUGCCUAUUAGAAUGCUCUUUAAUUGGGUGGAUCUUAAAAUCUCCAGCGAGUUCAGGACUUGAAGUAAAGUUUGAAACCUCACAAGGUCAAGAUCUGGAGUUUAACACUCCUGAUUCCCAGUGAUGCAGGCAUAAAAACCUGGCCUUUCUGAUGUUCUUACGCACCGUGUGCCAACUGAAAGCAGUUAAGUAAUUCCCACUAUGAAUGACUGAGGCCCCUUAAGGUGUUGCGAUUCAUCCCUGUAAGUAAUCAAUAAAGUUUAAGUCCAAAGAACA